AUGGCAUCGAACUCAUACUUUGACGAAUAUCUAGUCAGUCGAGACACUCAACCGCCCAGCUUAUAUGCUGCCACUUUCGUCAACGGUUCAUCGCAUCUCGACUUCCAUUCCGAACAUGCGAAUAUCGACCACUGUUUUCUGGCAUCCUGGGAGGGACAAGACUGGACAGUCGAUCAUGACACGAUGACCGAAGGAACCGCAGCUGCGGCUUCGUCACUUCUGCCCCCAAACGCGUUCGGGAAUGAUCAAAGUUCUACGUCCUGUAAAGCCGAAGCCAGGUUUGAAUUUCUUAUGUUUCCCAAGCUAAGUGCUGUUUUCUAUUUACAUCCAGUCUCAUUCGUGAUCGAACCUGUGUUGCGCCUAGCAUGUAUUCAUUGCUUAGAAGCACAAGUCACGAUUAUGCCCCCAUUAGACCUCCUUGCAGAGUCUGUAGUAUGGCCAGGCACCGCCGUAAUAGAUGGCGAUGUAUAUUCUGAUGACAACAGUACGUUGAUGCCUGGUAAUGCAAAUGUUCAGCAAGCCCUCCAGCCCAUUGACCCUCCGGAAAUGGAAGGUAUGUCACAGGAUGAUAAUCACCUCAUGAGUAGCCAGAUUCAGGAUAUAGGUAUCGUAGAUAGACGAGUUGCUUUCGGAGAGCUUUUGAGCACGGGCAGUGCUCACUAG